CUAUGUGAAAGAUGUCUCGCCUUGCACCCAAAAAGCCAUCACUUUGUAGUGAUGGACCUUUAACAGAUGGAGAAGUGUGUCAAAAACUAUCUGUAUUUAGAGAGAUCCUCAAAUCCUGUUAUGGUCCUUGUGGCAGACUGAAGCUCAUACAUAACAACCGGGGAGGUCGUGUUCAGACCACUUCAUCAUCUGCAGUUUUGCUGAAUGGGGUUCCUUUGUCCCAUCCAAUGCUGAAGCUGCUGGCUGCAUCUGUUAUGAACCAUGUGUCUCGAUUUAGCGAUUCUGGUUUGUUUGCGGCAAUCCUUGGCUGCACCUUGAUUGAAAAUACCCAGAGGUUAAAUAUGGCGAGCAGUUCAGUUAUUAAAAUAUACAGACAACUUUUAAGCUUAAGUAUUGCCUAUUUAAACAGCGAGGACUGUAGCUGCAGAGUGAAAGUUGAUUUCAGAAGCAGCCAGACUCUAUUGGCGCUCGCACGCACAGUGAUAGCUAGCAAGCCAGCUUGCAUGCUCACCUUUAAAGAGAGAGAAUACAUAAGUUCAAUGGUGUUGAAGGCUUUCUUACGCACAGUUCCAUGUACAGUGGGACCUAAUGCGUGUUUAGGGAAGAUGGUCGUAGUUCCUAUUGAGGGAAACAUAGCACAGGACACUACUGUACUCACUGGUUUACUUGUAGAAAUGCCAGAGGCACUGCCACUGUCCAACACAAAGAGACUUUCUUCGAGUUGCAUUAAUGUGGCAGUCUUCAAUGUUUCAAUGUCUGGGGAUCUUCCUGAUGCUGCUGAUGGAACCGUCGAAAUAAGCUGUACUGUGUCCCCAGAAGCAGCCAUUCUGGAGCAGCUACUUAGAGUGGGCAAGCAGAUGGUCAGCGAGCAUGUAGGCCUUUUGGUGUGUCAGAAGGUGGUUCAUCCUGUGUUGAAACAGUACCUGCAAGAACAACAUGUGAUUGUUGUAGACCGAUUAGGAGCUGCCCUGAUGGAGCCACUGGUCCAAAUGACAGGUGCACAGGCUGUAGCUUCAUAUCAAUCCUCUGUUCCUUCCAACUGCUAUGGGCUGCUGAAGGACGUUUGUGUUGUGAGUUUUGGGUCUAAAGAGUUGCUCCAUUUAAUUCCUGGUGAGGAUUCAACAGUCUGCAGCUUGGUGCUCUGUAACAGGAAUGAGACCACAUUGAGUGAACUCAAGAUUGCAUGUCAGACUGCAGAGCAUGUGCUAAGACUUUCACUCACAAAGCCAUUUGCUCUACUUGGUGGCGGAUGCACAGAAACACAUUUAGCAUCCUACAUUAGAAGCAAGUGCACUAACAGGAUUGAUGAUGUCCUGUCAGACCUUGCCUGCUCCUAUACCGAGUACCAGCUGGCCGUUGACAGCUUUUGCCGCUCAUUAGAGUCUCUUGCACGUUCCUUGGAGCACAAUGGUGGUGAAAGUCUUGUAGAUCUGUCCCAUGGUCAUCGGUGGUUCAUUCAGGCCAGCAGUCCUCUUGAUUCUCACUGGAGAGACUUGGUUAACAGGUGUGGCUGCGGGUUGUUUCAGAAACAUCAGAGUCUGGACUGGGCUAUUCUGGGUGAUAAGUAUCCCUCCCUUACUCCUGGAGCAGAUCGCAGCCAGAUUGAAGAAACUACUCCUCAUCUUUUUGUAUUGGACUCCUUUCCAGCAAAAAUCAAUGCUUUGCAGAUAGCAGUCGAGACAGCGAAUCUCAUCUUGGAUCUCAAAUACAUCAUACAGGAUGUUAAUUAGCAUUUUUUGUUAGUUAUCUUUUUUUUUCAAAUGACACUGCUGUUUUUGUUGUAUGAAAAUUUGUAAAACAUUCAGGAUUGCAAAUAAAUACAGUGUUGAAAAGCUGGUGUUUAGUAAGGCAAGUCAUUGGAGGCUUAAUUUUAAUUCUCUUUUACCUGAAGAAACAACUCUGAACAAACUGUAUUUGUGUUCAUAGUUUAGCAUUAUAAACAUUAAUUUAACCAGCUGUGACAAUUGGGUCUUCAAGUGUAACCUCUCCUUCAUUUUACAAAGUCUAGGACUCUACAGUGCCUAGAACUUGGACAGCUCUGGUUGUGUAUUUGUGAUAUACUAACUGAAUCGUCCUAGUGUCUCGCCCGACGCCUCUGCAUAUUUAAGAAGUUACAAUGCUCUCAUUGUAACAAUGUUGUUUUUCUUAGAAUUGUGUGGUUCUUUUGCUUUACUGCUUUUUGCCACUAGAUGUCGGCAUAAACCAUUUGCUUUAUCACAGUACAUUCAGCCUCCCAGGAGAAGUAAAAAUAUCCUAAAUAAGCACCAGUCCCAAUUAAAUGAGAGGCAUUUGAGACGACUUUAGUCACACACUUGUUUCUAAUUGAAAAGAAAAAUAAUUAAACUGCAUCACAUUAUAAUUAAAUGUUAAAUACA